GUCACUGGGCUAUAAACUGUGAACAAAUUCCACAACAUUAUCGUGGUUACUGUUUUCGGUAUUGGGAAACUGAUGAACAUAUGGUUAAAGAUUGUCUAGCCAAAGAAGCUACCAAACCACCUUGGCUAACAAUUCAAGAAUAUCAA